GGAGUUGGAAUGAACUCCUCCAUGGCGAUUUCACUCCUGAUUUUACUAUUCUUGGGAGUGAACAACAGCAAAGGCCAAGACACUUCUGGCCUGAUAUUAUUUGAUUAUCAUCGCAGUAAGAAUUUAACUCUGCCGAGCAAAGACAAAACACAGUCCCUUCAAGUCAAGGACAAGAUGAAAUGUUUCGGCAAGUGCAUCGAAAUUGAUUGGUGCCAAUCGGGUAAUUUCAAGACAACUCCUGAAGAUAAUGGUCUUCAUGUUUGCCAACUUCUGCCUUCCGAYCGGUUUACGAAAACUAAUGCCUUAAAAGACGACCCAGUAUACGAAAACUUUAACAUUAAGACCCCAUGCCAUAUCAAGAACAAGCCAUGCCUUAAUGAAGGCAAAUGUGUCUUUAAAAACAGCAAGCACCAAUGUGAAUGUAAAAAUGGCUAUUCUGGAGAACAAUGUGAAAUAGAGCCACCAAAAUCUUGCAAAGAACUUCUUCAAAGGAACUCAUCUUUGACUACCGGUUUGUAUCCAAUCUUCCCSACUGGUACCCAUGCUAUCAAGGUCUACUGUGACAUGGUAAUGGAAGGCGGAGGCUGGACACUAGUUUACAGUUAUACUUUCACAAGAUACUAUAGUUUUACAAGCGGGUUUAAUGCAGUGACACCACUGCCAAGCUGGCCAAUAAGUGGUAAUGUACCAAUAUCGAACACCGCUCCUCUCAAUGAAAAUAAUUGGGCCGCUUUGGAGUUUAAACUGUGGAAGAAUAUUGGAGGUGAAGAGAUCAUCGUUAAAUCCAACAUCAAUCAUUGGAUUCUGUGCAAAGAAGGACCCGCAAGUCUGGUGAACUCGAAACCCGGAAGUAUUACAUGCAGAGUGAUCAAGAAUGUUGCUUCAACUUGUCACGAUAGUGCCCCUACAUCUUUAGUUUUUGAGAAUUAUGGAGUAUCGUUCCUUCGGGGUAGUUCGUACUACAUCUUUGAUGGCAUGACCAACGCUCAUUGGCCAUCUCAUGAUCCUUGYGGACAAAAUAGUGAGAACCACAAAAAGGAUGUUAUUAAUCCCCAUGGCAACAUUUACAUACGCUAAACGGGAAAAAGGCAUAUGGAACAUGUAUAACGAUCCCGCGUUUCGCCUAAGCUUCUUCUUGGAUUAGAUCCUCACAUCAAAUACUCGUGAAAAAAAUAACUAGCAUGCUACCUAAUAACCAAGCCUCGCUACUUGUACCGGAGCACAAAACCUUCACCAGCUUUUUCUAAGGCCCUGUUUACAUAGUUACAGUACUAUUUCUGUUUGUUGUUGCGUUUGCAUAGCCCAUAUCACAAGCCGCC